UCUAAAAUAACGUAUCGGAUCACACACAAUGUCGAGUGCAAGAAAUGUUCCUGAAGAAAGUGAAACUUCUCAAAAACCAUUUCGCACAGGAAGAAGUGCAAGACAGUUUCCAUCAAGCUAUAAGACCUUAUAUCUUGACAGGUCAGUUGUUUGGUAUCUUCCCGCUGUCCGGAGUAUUCGACAAGGACCCCAACCGAAUACGUUUGGUGUGGCCCACUGUUCGCGUGGCACUCGAUUUGAUUGUGUUGGGUGCCGGAAUUGCAAACACCAUAGCGGAAUGUAUGCGACUCCGAAUGGUAGGAGUCAACGCCAAGAACAUCAACGGUCUGAUAUUCUUCGUCGAUGGGUGCAUCAUCAAUGUCCUGUUCCUGCUGAUGGCCACCAAGUGGAAUCGUGUAGCCGUCAAGUGGGAUAGUGUCGAUCGAAUUUUCCUCACCGAGUCGUACCGGAUCGAGUCCAAGUGGACGUUGAAGCGACGGUUGUGGACUGCCACGGCUCUGCUGUUGGGAUUAGCUUGCUGUGAGCAUUUGCUAGCGACUAUUAACAACCUGAAUGAUCAAUGGCAUGAAAUUGAACAUUGUGGAUGGAAAGAGAACAUCACUGAUACUUUUCGUCAUUUUUCGCUUCGAAAGUUUUCCAACAUGUAUUCAAUAGUUCCUUACAGUACUGUUUCUGCUGUAUUUUUUUCAUACGUAUCGUUCGCCUUGACCCUAUACUGGAACUAUUUGGAUGUGUUCAUCAUACUGAUAAGCAUUGCCAUCGCCACCCGGUUCGACCAAAUCAACACCCACCUUCGGACGUUGGCCGGCGGAGGAGUUCUGAUCCCUAACGAGCCCUUCUGGAUCCGAGUGCGAACACAUUAUGUUUCACUUUGCGAGCUUCUGGACGAAGUUGAUCAGGCCGUUGCUUGGAUAGUGCUCAUAUCGUGCGCCACUAAUUUGUACUUUAUAUGUCUGCAAAUAUUGAAUGUUUCCCAGAAGCUGCGCUAUCCGAUGAAUGAUGUCUACUACUGGUUUUCGCUGCUGUUUCUGAUGGGACGAACCGCAACGCUGUUUCUAUGUGCAGCCCAUAUCCAUGAAGCUGCAAAAAGGCCAUUGGAUAUCGUAGCGAAAAUUCCCAAUAAUGGAUGGAGCGUUGAGUUGGACCGGUUUUCAUCGCAGCUGAAAAGCGAAACGGUUGCACUUUCCGGUAUGGGCUUCUUCCAUAUCACCCGGCAGCUGCUUUUCUCGAUGGCCGGAACAAUCGUAACGUACGAACUGGUGAUGCUCAAGUUUGACAAGGAAUCCGAAGGCAAAGGCUACAUUCGACCGUGCUCGUUUUUCGACAUCGAGAAAAAGUGGCUCACGUGAUCAAUCCGGAGGUCAAGGGCAAUCUUCGAGCGACAACGACUGCGACGAAGACGAUGGAUUCCGCAAAACGAUUCCAAUCGAUGAUAACUUUUCUAGAACAGGGUUAGAGCGAAACAAGGCGGUGCGUGUGAAAUCGAAACAGGUUUUUUUUUUUCAAAUGGCGUUCAUAUUGCACAUAGGUUUAGAGAGUGGAAUUAAAAUAAAA